AUGAAAAUUGAAGCUUGGGAUGAUCUUGCAGUGAGAUUGAAGAGUCACUACUACAUGAACGCACAAAACAGUGGUUCUGGGCAUCAAAAGUUGCAGAGAAGGUCAUCUUUGGAUUUUGCCGAGAAUCUAAAGGACCAGGGGUGAGU